UUGCGUCACAGAUGGUUUUUGCCAACAGUGAGGCGCUAAUGAAUGUCGUCUGCUCGUUCUGACAGUUAUUCAUUUAACUGGUCAAGAAAUAUCAUUUUUUCAACUGCGCAAGUUCAGAAAUCAGCGCCGAAGCGGUGAAGAGAUACGGUAUUUGGAUUUGUGAGAGCUUUACUGAAAAUAAGAACAAUUUAUCGCUAAAAUGAUAAUUCUAGCGAAGUUUAUACUGAAUUUUUGAAAAUAUAACAUAGAUGUUACGUAUUUUGUUUAACUUUUUAUUUAAACAUGGAGGCGGAAGUUAGAGUUAAUCGUCGUUCUUCAAGUAUUUUCAAUCAGAAUGCAGUUUGUUAUGGAUUUUAGCGUGAAUGACGUGUCAAUGUAUAGAUGUAUAGUCAAUGUGAGAUUCAAAGUCAAAGUGAAUUUCGUAAUAAUACAAGAAAAGUGUAUACAACUUGAGUCCAAUUAACCUCUGACUUUCAAUGAGCACAAUGUCUUUCUAUCGAAUUUGAUUUGUAACAAUAAAAUUGAAAGAUACAUAUAUACAUCUACAAGUUCCUUUGAAUAAUUAUGAAAUGAUAUUCAUGUGCAAAGAAAAUGAAUGUUAUGCCUAAAGAAAAACAUCAAGAAACUAAAUAGUCAUCCUAAAUAUUAUACUUACAAAUAUGUAUUAUUUACAUUUACUCUAAAUAUUCUACCUAAAUUAUUCAAUAUGAAAGUGUUAAAUUUAUUAUAUUUGAAGUGCAAUUAUUUAUUAAUGUAACAUUAAAUGUAUUUCUUUAAAUAUGAGAAAUAUGCCAAAGACAUAAACAUAACAAAGUGCUAUAGAUGUUAACAAGAUAAAUAUCUUGUUUUACAAUUCUAAUCUAUAUUAUACAAUAAAAUAUAUAUUAUUAGUGAUAUAAUUGCACACUGUUCAUAUAAAAACUAUAUAUAUGCUAGUACUUAUAUCACAAAUGAGCAUAAACAUUAAAAAAAUUUUUAUUUAUAUAUGAACUCAUAUUAGAAGAAGAAUAAUUAUAAUUAUAUAACAAAAUUACAAAUGCCUAUGUUUUGAUUUAUUUAAUAGUGACAUGUAUGAUAGAUUGACUUCGUUAAACUUUUCAUGCAAUAAUAAAGUACUUUAUUCAUUGAUAGUGGAUUAAUUAUAUGGUAUUCAAAAUAUAAAAUUUCAAAUACCAUGGAGCAGUGUGAAGAAGCUGAUGUAUCUAACGUGACAAAUACUAAGGCAGAUAUUUCCCCUAAGCCAAAGCAAAAGAAAAAAUCUCUUUGCCGUAUGCUUAUGAAUAAAAAGACCAAAGUUGGAUGUUUGGAGACAUCUUAUAAAGAUGGUGAUUCAAAUAAAAAUUCUAAACUGGAAAAUUCACAACAUGGAUCUCAUACUAGUACAAAACUUUCAUUAUGCUGUGCAAUGACUGAACGCAGCAGAACACCGCCACAAAGUUUGACUGUCAGUAGAUUAUCUCCAACUACAUUAAGCCACACAUCUGUUAAAUCUGAGGUAGCUUCUGCUAAUGGAAAUUGUCAAACAGAUGUGACAAUAGAGAAGGAGGAGAUGUAUAUAGCAAGUAGUACGCACAAUGUUGAAGAAAAUGUAGCAAAGAAUAGUGUUUUUAGUGGCAAAGAACGACAAAGUACAUUUAUUGAAGAGUCAACAGAAGAUUCAUUUGAGGAAUCAUCAGAAGAUGAAAAUGAACUUUUAAUUGAUUAUGAAAGAAAUGAAAAAAGCUUCAAGGAUGAAUAUUUUACAAAAGGAAAAUAUAUCACUUAUUUCUUCUUGGAAAUGGAACGGAUGUUCUACAAUCCUUUUGAUGUUUACAGUAUGGUUCAAUACCAUGAAACUAACAAUACUGAAAGACCAGGAAAAGAAGGUGAAAAUUCAUCCUCUGGAUCUAUUUCUCCAAGUGUUCCUACAUAUUUAAGGCAAAGACUAAUUCAUAGGCGAUCUGUGGAUAAUUUAGUAGGAAAUUCACCAACAAAUUCUAUGAGACAUUCAAGUCCAGAAUCUAUAAAAAGUGCACCUGUUCAACUUAAACCACGUUCUACAUCUCAUGAUGCAUUGUCUAAAAAAAAAGAGCGUCAUCAAUCUCAAACUGGAGCAUCUAUGGACAGUCUAGCAAAACAAGCAUUACUAGCUGCUCAAGUUCUUAAUCUAAUUCCUACACAAAAAGCACGAGAAAGAAAUUUCCUUCAUGGUAGGAUUGCUGCAAAUUCACUACUUGGACCAGUAGAACUUGAAAAAGUACUACCAAAUCGCGAACUGAAAAUUUUUAUUGGAACAUGGAAUAUGAAUGGACAGAAUCCACCAAAAGAAUUGAAUGAUUUUAUGUUACCUUCAGAUAUAGAAACUGUUCCAGACCUGUUAGCAAUUGGAACACAAGAAUCUUGUUCUGAGCGGAGUGAAUGGGAGGCAGCUUUGCAAGAAACUCUUGGUCCUUCUCACGUAUUACUCUGUAGUACUGGUUUAGGAACACUACAUCUUGCACUUUUCUUAAGAAGAGAUCUAAUUUGGUUCUGUUCCAUCCAUGAAGAUGCUAGCUUUUCAACUAGGACAGGAACUGCUUUUAGAACAAAAGGAGCAGUAGCUAUAGCUUUAAUGUUAUUUGGCACAAGUUUUCUGUUUGUUACUGCACAUUUAACCGCACAUCAAGAUAAAGUUAAAGAAAGGGUAAAUGAUAUUAAAAGAAUAGUUAGAAAUCUUGAUCUUCCUAAAGAGUUACCUACGAGACAUAAAAGCAAAGAUGUAACUCAAAAUUUUGACUGUGUAUUUUGGUGUGGUGAUUUAAACUUUCGGCUAGCUCAGCCAAGAGAGGAAGUUAUUCAAUGGGUCACAGAUGCAUGCUUUCCACAACAAUUACCUGUAAAUUUGCACAAAGAUCAAUUGAAAACAAUUCUUAGCGAAGGAGCUGUUUUACGUGGUUUUGAAGAAGCACCAAUUACAUUUCCUCCUACAUAUAAAUAUGAUCCUGGAACACAAAAUUUUGACUCAAGUAGUAAACAACGCACACCUGCAUAUACUGAUAGAAUUCUCUUUAAAGGAAAAGGACAUACAAGAGGCUAUAUCAGAAGAGUUAGUUAUGAAAGUUCUAAUUCAUAUAAAGAUGGAGUUAUAGAAUGUUUGGUUUAUGACUCUGUACCCAGCAUUUGUACCUCAGAUCAUAAACCUGUAUGGGGUGUUUUUAAAACAACCAUAAGACCUGGUAUUGACACUAUUCCUCUUGGUGGAGGUCUGUUUAAUCGUGAAAUAUAUCUAGAAGGCAUAAAAAGGCGAGCAGCUGCUAUGGAUGAAUCUCAUGGAACUUCAAAAGUAUGUUCAAUUCAAUAAACAUAGGUAAUAUAAAUUUCAUUGGAAAAAAUAUUUCAUAUUAAGAAAUUUAUAUAACAUGAGCAUUAUAUUUCUAUUUAUUCUAAUUUUUUAAUGCCAAAAUAUGAAAUCAUAGUUAUUGCAAUUCUUACAAUUAAUAUCACUUCUUUUUUUGUAUGCUCUAUAUAUAUGAUAAAUUUAUAACUGUUCAUAACUUUUUUAUAUGAAUAUCAAAUACCAUUUUUUAGUGCAGUUUAUAGGACAAGUUACUGUACAAUGUGCACUUUGUAAUGUCUAGUCAAAAUAAAGCAGACUUCCCAUUCCUAUAACUAGCAGUGAAAAUGCUAGAUAUUAUAGAUAUAUGUGCCAUUUCUAAAAAAUAUAAAAAAAAAGAAGAAUAAAAGAUGCUUCAUUAUUUCGAAAUUUAUAAUAUUUAUAAAAGACAAAUAGUUUUUACAGGUUCUCUAUAUAUAAAUCAUAAUAUGUUAUUUCACAAUUCAUAAUGUUAUUUCAUCACAGCAUUUUAUUUCUAGAAUAUCAUAAGAAUAUUCAACAGUGAUUUUCAUUAUAAAAAAUUACAUAUUGCAAUAUAUUUUCCACUUAAAUAAUUUACAUAAAAAAUAUGUAAGGCCUAAAAUAUGUUAAAUUACACACUCCAAGAUGUAAUAAUAAUAUUAAAACAUGUAUAAGUUAUUUUGUUUAUGGUUUUAUAUUUAUUAUAACUUAUAAUAAUUUUAUAAUUUACUUAUUAUAUUCAACAGUAUUCAACUUAAACAAAUUUGAAUUUCCCAUUCUUUAAUAAUUGAAACGCAUUAAGUAAAUCCUAUUAUAUAGUUAAACUUUUAAAAAGUUUGUUUUUGCUUAUAUGUAAUUAUCACCACUUAAAUAUAUCUACUUUUAUUGUAAAUAUUUAAAAAUGCUGAUAAUAAUUAUUAUAUGAAAAUUCAAAGUCGUUAUCUUAUUAUAUAAGACAACAACAAAAAUUUCAUCAGUAUUAUUACUGAAUAUAAUAUUAUAAAUUAUUUUUUAAUGAAUGGUUCAAUGAAUUUAAAAUAUUAUGCUAUAGUGUAUGAAAAGAUGUAAACAAUUGCAAUUAAUGUUACUAUUUUCUGAAACCAUUUGGUAUUAUAUUUCUUCAAAACAAACUAAAUUUCUUUAUACACAUUUUUUGUAUGAUAUUGUUGUGUAUUUUUCUGCGUCAAACAAAAUAGUUUAAUAUUUUGACUUUUAAAUAACUAUGGAAGUGCUUUAUUUAAUUAAAUUUAGAUGAGCAGUGGUAAAGAUAUAUUAUUUAUCUUGCUUUAAUACAAUAUGUAAAUAUUGAAAAUGGAAUUUUCAAUAUUAUGUCAUCUUUGAAAUAAUACUUUCAAUUAACAAUUAAUGGAUAUUUAUAAUAAAAAAAUAUCCAAAAUUUGGUGCUUGUAAGGUAGUAACUAUUUUUCAUAUACAACAUAGCAUAACUAUUAUUAUUAUUACACAAAUGAUAUUUAUUUAGUAAUUAAAUAUUUAUUAAAUGUGGAUUAUAAUUAUCAUAUAACUGUGAUCAUUUUGUUUUAUAUAUAUUGCAAGUAUCAUAUAUUUAAUUACUCAUACUAAACAAUAGUGCACAACAAUAAUAUAUUAAUAUAAGAAUUUGAUUUAUGUAAUACAUCAUAUAAAUAUUAUAUAUUUAAGAACAAUAUACAUAUAUUCAUAAUAACAGAUUAACAUUAACCAGAAAAUAAGUGCUAACUGCAAAAUGAUCUAGGAAGACAAAAAGCAGCAUUAAUAUAAA